UUGUCCACAUCGGUAACAUAUGGCAGUCCUCUGUGGCGGUACUCUUCGUUGCAUCAUCUUUGGGCGCCCUCAUAUAGUUUACCAAAUCAAGCAUGUAACGAUGUUGUAAAUGAAAAAGUUUCCUCCAUUUGUCGCGUUCGGAUUGGAGAAUUGGACUCCAACUUCGAGUGUGCGUAUCUGGGUGACUCCCAACUUCUGAUGACUGACGGUGCAGAUAUCUACCAGCCAUUCGGUCAGAUCUGGUUGUUAAACAGUUUUCCCAGAUUUAGUUGGACACGUAGGCGCUAUGUGCCCCGGUUGUCCACAUCGGUAACAUAUGGCAGUCCUCUGUGGCGGUACUCUUCGUUGCAUCAUCUUUGGGCGCCCUCAUAUAGUUUACCAAAUCAAGCAUGUAACGAUGUUGUAAAUGAAAAAGUUUCCUCCAUUUGUCGCGUUCGGAUUGGAGAAUUGGACUCCAACUUCGAGUGUGCGUAUCUGGGUGACUCCCAACUUCUGAUACAGCGACAGCGUCCCACGCCUCUCCCACUGGUGAGAGAGGUGAACGAUCAUCGAGGACUGGCGGCCGGAAGCCGUCGUCCGCCUCACGCUCAGGACGCCGCGCCACGUCUCAUCAACACGGCUGCCCCUGCAAGAAGCGACCUGUCUAGCAUCAGGCCUGUCGCUAGUGUCUCUGGGCGGGGUCUUAAGAAGGAAAGAGCGAGGGAAUUGAAACGUUGA